ACAGAAGGAGGAAGAGGAGGAGGAAACCGAGGAGGAGGAGGAGGAUGGUGAAGCCGUGCGUCCGUGCGCGCAGCUGAUCUCAGUUCAGUCCGUCUGAGCUGAGAGAGGAAACUUUCGGAUGCUUUUCUCGCUCUGGAGCUGCUUCUUCUCCACGAACAUCUGAUCAGACUUCCUGUCCCACCUCCACCAUGAGUGACAUCUACGAGUCCGCGGCCAACUCUCUGGGUUUGUUCAGCAGUCCCUGCCUCACCAAAGUGGAGCUAAGACUCACCUGUAAAGGGAUCUCAGACCGGGACGCUCUGUCCAAACCUGACCCCUGUGUCGUGCUCAACAUGCAGUCCCAUGGACAGUGGAUGGAGGUGGACCGGACGGAGGUGAUCCGCAGCUGCGUCAACCCCACCUACUCAAAGGUGUUCACGCUGGACUUUUAUUUUGAAGAGGUGCAGCGUCUGCGCUUCGAGCUGUACGACAUCAACAGCAGCCACAACGGCCUGAAGGAGGCGAUCUUCCUGGGAUCAGUGGAGUGCACGCUGGGACAGAUCAUCUCCCAGAGGAAACUGUCUAAAGCUCUGCUCAGACCAGGAGGCACGGUGGGGAAAGCCAUCAUCACGAUCACAGCAGAGGAGCUGACGGGCAACGAUGACUACAUCGAGCUCUCCUUCAGCGCCAGGAAGCUGGACGAUAAGGACUUCUUCAGUAAAUCGGAUCCGUUUCUGGAGAUCCACAGACUGAACGAUGACGCCACCCUGCAGCUCGUCUACAGAACCGAGACCGUCAUGAAUAACCUCAAUCCUGUGUGGAAAACCUUCAAAGUUUCCCUCAACUCGCUCUGCAGCGGAGACCAUGAACGCAAACUGCAGUGCACCGUAUGGGACUGGGACUCAAAUGGGAAGCAUGACUACAUCGGUGAGUUCGAGGCCACGUUCAAAGAGAUGAGAGGAGCCAUCGACGGUCGACAGGUGCAGUGGCAGUGCAUAAAUCCCAAAUACAAAGUCAAGAAGAAGAACUACAAGAACUCUGGGAUAGUUAUUCUGAACCAGUGCAAGAUCAUCAAGAUGCACUCGUUCCUGGAUUACAUCAUGGGAGGCUGUCAGAUCCAGUUCACUGUCGCCAUCGACUUCACGGCAUCAAAUGGAGAUCCUCGUAACAGCUGUUCCCUGCACUACAUCCACCCGUACCAACCCAACGAGUACCUGAAGGCUCUGGUGGCAGUGGGAGAAAUCUGCCAGGACUACGACAGUGACAAAAUGUUCCCUGCAUUUGGCUUCGGAGCUCGGAUCCCUCCUGACUACAAGGUCUCCCACGACUUUGCAGUGAAUUUUAAUGAGGAGAACCCGGAGUGUGCAGGCAUCCAGGGUGUGGUAGAGGCCUACCAGGCCUGCCUACCAAAGCUGCAGCUCUAUGGCCCCACCAACAUUGCCCCCAUCAUCCAGAAGGUCGCCAAGUCUGCCUCACAGGAGGUCCACACCAAAGAGGCCAUGCAAUACUUCAUCCUGCUGAUCCUGACAGACGGCGUCAUCACCGACAUGGCCGACACGAGGGAGGCCAUUGUUCAGGCUUCCCACCUCCCCAUGUCCAUCAUCAUCGUCGGGGUCGGGAACGCUGACUUCAGUGACAUGCAGAUGCUGGACGGUGACGACGGGAUCCUGCGGUCACCCAAAGGAGAACCCGUCCUCCGGGACAUCGUUCAGUUUGUCCCUUUCCGCAACUUCAAACACGCAUCUCCAGCUGCUCUGGCUAAGAGCGUGCUAGCAGAAGUGCCCAACCAGGUGGUUGACUACUACAACAGCAAGGGCAUCAAGCCCAAAGUGCCCAGCGAGUACCAGUCUUCCAGGCCGUUUGGCCCAUGAGCCUACUGCCACAGCUGCCCCUGGACAGCACAACCUCUCCUGGACUGAGAAAAAUGUUUACUGUCUUUUGUUCAUUGUUAAUGCGGAUGAUGAAGGUGCUACACACAGUGUUUUAUCAUUAAAACGUGGUUCACUUUAGACCCCAGCACCCAAAGUGGGCAAACAACAUCAGCUUCUGCUGUAGAAGUCUUCAUAUGUCGACUUAGUCUUGGGGGACCAAGGCGCUGGUUCUAAAUUCUACCAGUCUAAAUCGGGUCAGGUGUUGUUAUACUGAUACUGUCUUCUACCCGAGGGUGCCAUCAUCCAUCACCACGUUUACUGCCUGGGAAAAAAAAGAUGUGUUUUAAUCCAGGUAGGAGUAGAAGUUAAAGGAAAAGUGGAGCUGUUCUCAAGUUAAUAGAAAACUUGCUGGCAUCAGCUGCUUGUUCCACUUUUAUGCAAAUCAUGGCCCAAAGUCAAGUUUUUAUUUAUACCUGCUUUUAUUUUGUGUGCAAUAGGAAGAAAGGGGACUUUCAGUCUGAGGCAGGUCUACUAAUUAUUUAGUUUCCAUUAGCUGGUGGAAUAUUCUUCUCACAUUGCUGCUCUUUGUUGUUGGUUGAUCAGUGUAAUCAACCAUCCUGCUGCUGGUGGUUGUCUUCUCUGUCUUAGUGUCGGUCCAGGUCAACUGCAUUGUGGGUACCUCGGGUCUGGUGGGGUCAGGUCUGGCUGUGCUUGGGUCAAAAAGGGUGAAAUAUAACUGAAGCUUGUUGUGUAGCUGUAAAGACCUCCACUCCCCACUGUAGCUUUGGAUGACACAAGUUUUAGUUAGUAUGCUCUCAUGGGGGGAAAUUGUCAGAUAUGGGAUGAGCAAGGAACCAAAGGCCGAGUCUUGCUGUCAGACUUUAGAGCUGCUGUAAAUAUCUGUUACCACUGUUUAUCUUGACAUUGAAGUUAUAAUUCUUAUUAGCCUUAAAGGCUAACAUGUUUCAAAUAUGU